AUGCUGGAGUGUCGGGCGUGUGUACUGCGCAGUAUACGUGCCAUUGCCGGCGAUGCAUACGGAACAGCAUCGAUCCUCCAGCGACCGCUAAUACUCACACCUCAGCCCGCGAAUCGACCUACACGAAGGAGGCUUGCCACGGCGACGGCGACGGCGACGGCGGCAGCAGAGACCAAUGCAGUCGAGCAAGAUGAGCUGUCAGGUCUCGAGCCGGUCGCACAGCCCACGACGGACAUCAUACGCAGCAAAAGAGGAGGCACUAUCGUUGUCAGCAACGAGAAAGCGCUGCGGAAAGAGCUCAUACAUCUGAAGGACAGGGUGAAGCUGGCCGAUCAUGUCCACUACAUUCUGCGAGACAACAAGUCCGAAAAGGCGCUGGACCUGUGUCGACUGGCGAGUCGAGAGAUGCGAUGCACCGUAGCAUGGAAUCAUGUCAUUGCCUGGAACCUGGAGAAGGGUAAAGUCAAGCAGGCUUUGGAGGUCUACAACGAGAUGAAGAAGCGAGCGCAGUGGCCCGACAGCUACACCUACAUGAGACUGUUCCAGGGGUUGAUGGACAAGCCAGAGCAUCUGGGAAAGGCCGUUGCCAUCUAUAAUAGCAUGAGUAGCCCAACAAGCAAGGUGAAGCCGAGCGCUAUGCACAUCAAUGCCGUGCUGCGCGCGUGCUCGCUUGCUUUGGAUAUGGAUGCGCUUUGGGGUGUUGUGGCACACUUGCCGGACACCGGGCCAAAUGCUGCCGACACUACCACAUACACUACCAUUCUUCAAGCAAUACGACAUGCCGCUAUGGGUGACGAGCAGGAUCCGCAGCUCAUGGAAUCGCAAAGGCAAGAGGCAGUGAACGAAGGCAGGCGCAUUUGGCAGGAAAUCAUUCAUAAAUGGCGCGCGGGAGAUCUGAUCAUCGACGAGCAAUUAGUUACGGCCAUGGCUAAUCUCUUGCUGAUCAGCAGGAGGCUGAAAGACACCGAUGAUGUGCUUUCCCUUGUCCACCAAACCACAAACCUGGAACGCCUGAUAGCUCCUCUCGGUUCUCCAGAGCGCAACGUCCAGCACCUGCCGAGGAGCAUGUCCACUCUUGAUCCCGAAUAUAACGGCACUACCCAGCCGGGUCGUCAGCAUCACCGCGUAGCAGAUCCAGAAGGCUUCGUGCCCUCGCCAGCUGCAUCAGCAUUCAAACCCGUCACACCGUUAGUACGUGAUUCAUCUCGCCCCAAACGAGGCACCGCGCUGGCUUGGGUGAAGCCCGGCAAUGGUAUUCUUUCAGCUCUGUUCCGAGCGUGCCGUAUCAUGCGCAUCCCGAAGAUCGCUUAUGCCUAUUGGGACGUCAUCACAGCACCUCCAUAUCGCCUAGAGCCAGAUUUGAGCAAUUUCAAAGAAGUUCUCCGAAUGUACCGAAUUAAUCGUGCUGCCGACAAAGCAGCAUCCACUGUGGAGAAGGCUCACAAUGAAUACGGAGUCCGACCAACGCCUGCGACUUACCAGCUUGCAAUGGCAGUCUGCGCGAGAGACCACAAGAAUCGUAGGAUCAUGGACACAGCCUCGAGAAUUAUCGAUGAUAUGAUGGAGCAUCUCGAGCAACCCGACAUCGUCACAUUGGAGCAGUAUCUUUCCCUCGCGCUUGCCACUUCCGACGGGCCGCAGAUCGUUUCAGCCUUGAUGCAUCUCAUGCCCGUUGCAGAGCGAAUGCAA